AAAAUACGUUGAAAACAGAAAUGAAGCAAAUUUUUUUAGUGUUUUUCUUUGCAACCGUCGGGGCCUUAACUAGACCCGGACCUCCUUUGAUCAGCAAACGAGUACUUCGUGUUGCGCCAGCAGCAAAUUACAGUUUGUAUCAACUCAGUUCAAAUACUGGUAUCCCGAACCAUGGAAUAUGUGCAAAGUAUUGUAAAUCCGAAGAAUGCCUCUCAUUCUCCUACACGGUGGGUGAACAAACGUGUGAAACUUACUCCCGAUUGAUUGAGGAGACAUCGGACGCUGAUAUAGCCAUGUCAACCAUGUACUUCUCUAGAGUUGUCCUGAGAAGCUGUGCAGACGUUCCGCAUAUGUAUCAUUCUGGUGUUUACAAAAUAACCACAACAGAACAGAUCAAACUGGACGUCUACUGUGAUAUGGACACCGCCGAUGGGCCGUGGACUGUGAGUAUGAAUCCAUAUGAAAUAUGUUUCACUUUUACCAACAUACUCUGA